CCCCCUCGCGCGGGAGGGGCGGGGCGGGGGCGAGCGCGCCUGCGCGACGGGCGGCCUUUUCCCCGGUUCACGUGGCCCGAGGGCCGGUCUGCGGGUCUCUGCUGGCGGUGGCGGCGGCGGCGGCGGCGGGAGAGAAGAGCGCGGACUGCGGCGGCCGGAGUCAUGGCAGGACAGGCAUUUAGAAAGUUUCUUCCCCUCUUUGACCGAGUAUUGGUUGAAAGGAGCGCGGCCGAAACUGUAACCAAAGGAGGCAUUAUGCUUCCAGAAAAAUCUCAAGGGAAAGUAUUGCAAGCAACAGUAGUAGCUGUUGGAGCAGGCUCUAAAGGAAAGGGUGGAGAGAUUCAACCAGUUAGCGUGAAGGUUGGAGAUAAAGUUCUUCUCCCAGAAUAUGGAGGCACCAAAGUAGUUCUAGAUGACAAGGAUUAUUUCUUAUUUAGAGAUGGUGACAUUCUUGGAAAGUACGUAGACUGAAAUCACUAUUGAAAUGGCAUCACGUGAAGCUGCCCAUUCCACUGAAGUUCUGAAAUCUUUCAUCAUGUAAAUAAUUUCCAUGUCUCUCUUUUAUAAUAAACUAAUGAUACCCAAACUAA